AUGGCCCCGAGGACGAAAGGAAGAGGCCAGGGAAAGGUUAUUGAAGAAUCUACGGGAAUGCCAUCUGCGGAGGAAACACAGGAUGAAAGCUCAUUUUCGCAACUUGCCGCAAAGCAUUGGUUGAAACCUUCGAAGAAAGCCACGAAAGUUAAGGUCAAGCCUGACGUUAUCAAGAAAGAAAUAUGGGAUGUUUUAGAGCAGGAAGAUUUUUCUUACAGAUCCCUUUUGACGCUAGAAAAUCUUCAUAUUCUAGAGAAUUAUCUUUGGCCAGGUUAUUCAGAAGAUGCUUCCAACUUUCAUAUACUUCUCAUAGUUCUCAUUGUCAAUGUAAGGACCAGAGAACAUCUGCCAACUUGGGAUAUCUUUGCGGACAAUACACCUGAUUUCUCAACCCUCUUCCGCCGAAUCUUGUCUAUGACAUUGGAUACUACCCUCUCUGCAACGAUUCGAACGCACCUGUUGUCAUUCAUAAUAAGCGCAUUCCAGUCACUAGACAAUGGCAUAGUUCGGAAAGAAUGCGCACCUUUGGUCUCAAUAUCCAUUUGGCACAACAUUUCAAGCGAGAAAAAACGAGAAAAGAUACUCGACCAUACUGUACAACUGAAGAAAGCUUGGAGGGCUGCCGGAAAACGAUAUGAAGCAUCUGAUGAACCUACGAAAGCUAGACUCAGGUUUGAGCGAUCUUGGCUCUUGACUCUAAUUCUAGAUUUUUUCAAUCAGCUCUACGGAGACAAAAUAAAGACAGAAAAUGUACAGUAUUGUGAAAGGUUUAUAGAGUUUUUAUCGGAUCUUCAGAGCCAAUUGCCAACCAGGAGAUACGUCAACACACUUCUACAAGAUCUUCACGUUCUUCCAACUAUCAGACUAUCCCCAGCAUUCAAUGAAGAGGAGAAUGGGCUUCUACGAGAUCUAUAUGCGCUUUUGAAGCAUUAUACAUAUUUUGCAAUUAAUGAUCAUACAGGCGUUCAACAUAGCCGCACGGAAGCAUAUGAACGCCAUUGUGCAACACUGGCGUCCUUGCAACGGAAUGCACUCAAGCAUUUCAAGGAAAAGCUGACCAUUCUUGCCUUGUCCAACUAUUCGUCUAUUGAUAAGCGGGUGGAGCUUGAGGGUCAUUUAGAAUCCCUCACAGAUGCCGAGAUGACAGAGCUUUGCGAGCUUCUUGAUCUACGGACGUCUUAUCCGUCAUCUGCCAAGGUGGUAGUAGACCGUAAAUUUCUCUUGGAAAUUCUUUUAUCAACACAUGAAAAGCGCAAGACAUUUCAGGAAACUGCACGUGACUUGAGCAUUCUCCCAACAGAAAGUACUCUUUUUGAAAGAACCCUGCUCAGGAAUGAUGGGUUCGAUGGAUCACAGCCCCUCGCUAUCCCAAAGCUAAACCUGCAAUAUCUAACUGUUGGGGAUUUUCUGUGGCGCUCAUUUAUCUUGCAUCGAUGCGAGUCGUUCUAUGAAAUUAGACGAGAUGUAGAGGACACAAUAAAGCGUCUCCGACCCGUCGCCGGUAGGACAGGCCAGACAAGCUUUGAAGGAUUUUCCAGGAUGGCACUUCCAAUAGCGAAACCUUCUAUUCUUGAAGUAGUACCUCCUCUCGUAGGAGAUGAUAAACCAGCUCUCGUCCGGGCCGAAGUCACGAUUGAUGUAAGCCGCAUGGUUGAAAAUGUUCGCCGCGAAUGGGAUUCGCUGCGGCCUGAUGACGUGAUCUUCUUGCUCUCUGUGAAAGCCACGGACGAGUCUGCUAUGAUCGCGAACGGCGGAGCAUCAACUUCAGACGCGCAGAACCUCGGUCUGAAAUACCUUCGAGCAGCUGAGGUGAUUCAAGUACAAGAUGAUAGGGGACGCUCAUUGAUGAAUUAUAAUGGUCAAGUCAAUGGAAAUGCUCGCGCUGGCUCACGGAGACUGCAAUUAAAGCUUGAUGCAGCCAUGUAUAAAGAGGACAAGGAUCGCGUCGACAAAGGCAAGCCUGACAUUUACGAAACCAUGAACAUCAUUGUUCGUAGAAAAGGACGUGAAAAUAACUUCAAACCAAUUCUUGAAUCAAUCAGAAGUUUAACACUCUCUGAUGUCCCGCUAGCCCCCUGGCUCCACGAGGUCUUUUUAGGCUAUGGUGAUCCUGCAGGAGCCAACUAUACUAGACUAUCAAAUCAACUCAAAAAAGUCGAUUACAGAGACACAUUCCUUGACUGGCAACAUCUAAUCGAAAGCUUGCCCGGUAGGACGGUCGAACCAAAUGAUGACGUCACGGGUAGUUUUGGGCCACCUUACGUAUUGCAAACCGUGCCAAAAGCUGCUGAGCCGCCGGCAAGGCCAACGAAAAAGAGGCGCAGAGAAGCAGAGCCUGCACCAAAAGAUGAGCCGCAAGCCAUCCAAGUUUCUUCCUAUAAACCCCCAAGUACAGGACCAUAUCCCAUGGACGCCCCUAAGUUGAACCAAGUCCGUUUCACACCUGCUCAAAUUGAAGCAAUCAUCUCCGGUACCCAACCCGGGCUUACUGUUAUUGUUGGUCCUCCGGGAACUGGAAAGACCGAUGUUGCAACUCAAAUCAUCAACAAUUUAUAUCACAACUUCCCUAAUCAGCGUACUCUACUCAUUGCACAUAGUAAUCAAGCUCUUAAUCAAUUGUUCCAAAAGAUCGUCGCUCUUGAUAUUGACGAACGCCACCUUUUGCGACUGGGACAUGGUGAAGAGGAAUUAGACACUGAAACGAAUUUCAGUAAACAUGGACGUGUCGAGUCUUUCCUUGAAAAUCGAGAUGGAUAUCUUAGAGAGGUCGAUCGCCUUGCUGCCAAUUUCGGUGCUCCAGGUGCCCAUGGAAGCUCAGCGGAAACUGCCGGAUACUUCAACUCGGUUUACGUUGAGCCAGCAUGGAUAAGAUUCCAGGAAGUUAUGAAAGACCCGAAUUCAACAUCAGAGUCAAUUGUCUCUGCUUUUCCGUUUCAUUACUACUUUUCGAAUGCUCCUCAGCCUCUUUUCCCUCCUGGUGCCGACAAAGAUGCCGUCAUUGAUGUAGCUACAGGCUGUUACAACCACGUCACUAAAAUUUUCGCUGAACUUGAAGACGUCCGACCAUUUGAGAUCUUACGACGAGAUCGAGACAAGGCAAACUAUCUUCUCACCAAUGAGGCUCGCAUCAUUGCGAUGACAUCAACGCAUGCAGCUAUGAGAAGACGGGAGAUAUCUUCACUUGGCUUCCAUUAUGAUAAUGUCGUUAUGGAGGAGGCGGCUCAGAUCACUGAAAUCGAAAACUUUAUACCCAUGGCGUUACAGAAGCCAGCAAAUGGCGGGACUCCCCUCCAGCGUGUAGUUUUGUGCGGUGACCACUUCCAGAACUCUCCUGUCGUUCAGAAUCUUGCGUUCCGUCACUACGCAAAUCUCGAACAGUCGCUCUUCUCUCGCCUGGUUCGCUUAGGUGUCCCAACUAUCAAUCUCGAUCAACAGGGUCGUGCUCGUCCAUCGAUCGCAUCCCUAUAUUCCUGGCGUUACCAAAAUCUUGGCAAUUUGCCAAUUGUAUCAACUGCACCCGAAUAUCAAACCGCAAAUGCUGGUUUCAAGUACGAUUACCAAUUCAUCCAAGUUUCUGAUUACAAAGGAAAGGGUGAAAUGGAGCCAACUCCUCAUUUCAUCCAGAAUCUAGGAGAAGCAGAAUACGCAGUCGCCAUCUAUCAAUAUAUGCGCUUACUCGGAUAUCCAGCUUCGAAGAUCAGUAUACUAUCCACAUAUGCUGGUCAGCGCGCACUAAUCAAAGACGUUCUAUCCCAUCGAUGUGCUAAGAAUCCUCUAUUUGGUCUCCCAAAAAUCGUCACAACUGUCGAUAAAUAUCAAGGAGAGCAAAAUGACUAUGUUAUUCUCUCCCUCACUCGUACAUCACGUGUCGGCUAUCUUCGCGACAUUAGACGUCUUACGGUGGCAUUGUCUCGCGCUCGUCUUGGUCUUUACAUUCUGGGACGACGAGAUGUCUUUGAAUCGUGUUUCGAGCUGAAGCAGGCCUUCGAUAUUUUACUAUCGAGACCAGAUAAGUUGACGUUGAGCACUGGGGAGAUGUGGCCAAGUCAGAGGAUCCUGGCGAACGAAGAGGGCCUAGAGUCCGUGCAAGGUGAAGCUGUUAUGGAAGGGGUGGAGCAUUUGGGUCAAUAUGUUUUUGAGAUGACUAAUUCCAAGGUAAGACAGUUGAGAGAAGAAAGAGGGUUACCGGAAGGCGGAGCAGAGGUUUUAGCGAUUGAGGAGGGAAAGGUGGUUGGAGAUGAUAUUGAGACUGGAGAGGUGUAUGAGGGCGUAGGGGAAGAUGACGAUAUUAUUGAGCCCGAAGAAGAAUUUUAUGGCGUCGAUUGA